AUGUCGCCGCCGCGGGCGCUGCUUGCGGCUCUGCUCCUCUGUCAACUGUUGUCGUACGGUGGCCACCAAGGACUCACCAAGAUUUUUUACACGUUACCUGACACGGGACAGCCUCCAAUACUGAUCUCUCUGACAGAUAACACAAAACUGGAUUUAAAAACUGCAGAUGAGCUUUUAUUUACCAAUGAUUCUGAACAGCACAAUCAGACCCAAAGGUUCGCCAUUGUGGACAACGAAACGGUUGAAGGUGAGAAAACAUCGGUAACAGUGGAAAAAGAAUCAACGGAACCUCGACUCAUUGUAAAAGCUAAAUCAAUGCAUGAAACGAGACAGACAGAUGAAAGUAUUCAGAGUACCACUGCUAUCCCCGAAGCGGAGACUACCGCCGAAUCUCAAUUAGAAACUGAAUCAGUAGAAGACAUUCCAAUCAACCCGGAAACACCGCAGGAAGAUAUUCCAUCGUUUUCAGAGUGGGCACAAAAGCAAUUGGCCGAAGCGGAAAAAAAAGAUACAGUACUAAACCACUCCAGUCAACCUAGUCAUAGCAAUACUAAUUUUAGCAGUAAGAGCACUAAGUUGCGGUCAAAAAAUUACGCAUCACCGGCGUGUGGCGCAAAAAUUAUCGCGGUAAAUCCGGAAGCGGGAUCGGCGAGUUCAAUAUUAUCUCCAAACAGAGAUGAGUAUAUGCUCAAUACGUGUAACAGCCGCAUAUGGUUCGUAGUAGAGCUUUGCGAGGCUGUUCAAGCUCAAAAAAUAGAAAUAGCAAAUUUUGAAUUAUUUUCCUCAACUCCCAAAGACAUCGCUGUGUAUUUCAGCGAUCGUUUCCCGACGAGGGAAUGGGCAAGUGUCGGACAGUUUACCGCUCAAGACAUGAGAGACGUUCAAAGUUUUGACCUGUAUCCACAUCUAUUUGGCAAGUUUAUUAAAGUUGAAAUGCUGUCUCACCACGGAUCUGAACAUUACUGUCCAAUAUCUUCGUUCAAGGUUUAUGGUACUUCUGAAUUUGAGGUACUUGAAAAAGAAAGCUCUCAACAUUCAGCACUUAUUGAUGAAGAUGAAGACGAUGAAAUAAUUGAUGUUCCAGAUAUACCUGCAACUGAAACGGAGCCAUCCAAAAAUUUAUUCGGCUCUGCAAGAGAUGCAGUAAUGUCGAUCGUUAAGAAAGCUGCUCAAGCAUUCAAAACGGAAGUUCCUAAAAAUGUGUCCAGUGAACAAAACGAUACAUUAUCAGACAAAGUGUACAAACGGUGUUGCUCUCCAAGCCAUAUUAUAGUGUGUGAUAACUGUAGUGACAUUCUUUACAGUGAUGUGUAUGACCUUCUUAGUUGUAGCUCGGACAAAUUAACAAAUUUAGUGCGAACUGUAUUCCUUAGAGAUACUUUAAAGUGUACCGGCAUAUGUCAGAAGUUCGGUUUAGAUUUUAAAAGUACAAAGACUAUAGAAUUUAGUGAGGAGCGUGUAGCAUACAUGAACGCUUUAUUUCCGCCAAAAUAUUUGGCCGCGUUGUGUAACAUUCUCGCUAUUAAAGAAAAGAAGGUCGUUCUGAAUACGAGUUUUGAGUCUGAAUUAAAUGUUACCACAAAUAUAACCGUCGACGAAUCGCCUCAAAAUCAUAGUGAAACCAACAGCGAACAAGAUGUCAAAUUAAUUGCAGUGAACACAGACAGUGACAGAGAUGAUGAAAAAACAUUGAUAUUAGAAGAGAAACCUACAGUACCUGAAGAAAAAAAUGAUAGUACUCCGAUAGAUAUAAAAGAAGAUAAAAAAGAUGAUAAUAAAGAUGAAUCUAACGUGGUAGUUGAAGACACGGUAGUGCUAGUUUCCCAAGAAGACAUAUUACCCGAUAGCAAAGUUGAAACUGCUGAAGCAGAGAAACAGGAUAUAUUGAAAACAGAUACGAAAUACGGUAAACCAGAAAUAUUGAUAGAAAAAACCAAAGAUUCGUCAAAUAAUGCUGAGGAUAUAAGUGAACCCGCAGUUUCUAUUGAUGGUGACAGCUUUAUAUCCGAUUUUGAUCAGAUGGCUGUAGACCCGCAACCAGGCAGUCAGAAUACUGUUAAUCAGAACCAAGCACAAUCGACGAUACAGAAGGAAUCUGUGUUUCUGCGGCUGUCAAAUAGGGUUAAGACGCUCGAGCGUAACAUGUCUCUCUCUGGGCAGUAUCUAGAAGAAUUGAGCAGGCGAUAUAAGAAACAGGUAGAAGAAAUGCAGAAAUCUUUCGAGAAAACAUUGGUACAGAUGACAGAAGAAAGAAAAAAAAGCAACGAACGGGAACAAAAGUACAUAGAGCAAAUGAGCAACUUGCAAGAGCAACUAGCUAAAAUGGCCAUUAAUAUGGAACUACUUAUGGAAGAUCGAGAUAGCUGGUUCGGAAACGUAACGUUCUUUAAAUAUAUAGUUUUCCAAGUUUUAAUAGUUAUAGGAAUCAUUUAUUAUCUGUUACAAAAACAAAAGCCAGAACCAGUCAUAUUGCAUGUACCGAAAAAAAUAAAGAAAAGACAGGAGAAAUUAAGAAGACGAUCUGUGGAAGGUGUGAGUGGACAUGCAACUCCUGCUGCGAAGAAAAGGCGGCCAAGUGAGGAGGCAUUCCAAAUUGCAAGACAGUCUACCGAAGAUGUAGAAAUAGAACAUAACAGUGGAGAAUGGCAAGUAGCCAAGAAGAACAGGCGACGAAAACCAUCAGUGUAUCAACAACACAUAGAAUUUAAUACAAAUAUUAACACAAAUCAAGAUGAAAUCAGAAAGCUAGACGAGAAUCCUAUAGCGUUAGACGCAAACGAAUAUUUCGCGCCCAUACCAGAACCAGUAGAAUUUAUUGAUGUAAAUAAAAAAGAGUUACCAAAAACCAACGGGUCUUUCUUCAACAACUUGAAGAAUAAGACUCUGAAAACGAGGCGACUCUCGUCUCCCGCUUUCCUAAGAACUUUAAACAGACAAAGUCUCCGAAGUACUCCUAGUCCCAUUAUGAGGACUAUUGAGCCUAUUUUUAACGGAAAAAUAGGUAAAAAGGCUGCUUCUGAGUCGCCUACUGGUAGUCUGUGGUCUGAAUCCACAGAUAUUUCACAAAAUGGACCACAGUAUAGUGAAAACGGUAAAAAGAAGAAAAGUUUAAAAAAUAUUCUUAAAAAAGUGUUUUAG